AUGGAUUUCGGGCCGGCAUGCUUAUCGGGUACCUGCCCUAUACCCGAUAGGGAAGAUGGGUUUUCUCUAGAAUCGUGUUAUUCCGAGGGCUCACAAGAUUUCUACAAUCUGGACCCGCUGGUGUCCGAUUCCAAGCUCGGCAUGCCCGCUUCCACUAUCUACCCGUUCGGAGCUCCGACCAACGGUUGCAUGUCCAAUUUUGACAUCGAGCUGCCUAAGAUCUUUGCCGAAGAUCACAGAAAUGGGCCAGCGGAGAAAUUCCAAACCAGGGGCCUUAUGGAUUAUCCGCCGAUCGCCGUUGCCGAUCAGAUGGAGCAAAAUCCCAACUAUGCAUUGGAUUUUCAAUACAUGGACCCGAUUAACUUUGUGGUGCCCGAUGAGAUUUCUUGCGUAACAGGCGAUAAUGGAAUUUAUGGGGAGGUUGGUGUGGAUAGAAAGAGCAUGCAGAUGAGAAGCAACGGUAGAAAUCAAUACAAACGGCAUGUCAUUAAAGGACAAUGGUCAUUGGAAGAAGAUAGAUUAUUAAUAUUUUUGGUUGAGAAAUUUGGGCUGAAGAAAUGGGCUGAUAUUGCUAAGAUCUUAAAAGGGAGAAUUGGAAAGCAAUGCAGAGAAAGAUGGCAAAAUCACUUGAGGCCUAACAUCAAGAAAGAGAACUGGACUGAGGAAGAAGACGUGAUUUUAAUAGAAGCACAUCAAGUGAUAGGAAACAAGUGGGCCGAAAUUGCGAAGAGACUACCAAGAAGAACCGAAAACUCCAUUAAAAACCAUUGGAAUGCAACGAAAAGAAGACAAUUUGCACACCGAAGGUCCCGCAGCUCCAGAUACUCAAAACCAAGCAUGCUUCUCCAGAGCUACAUCGAGACCGUAAUCGCAUCGAAACCAUCUGAUGCCGCUACGAGUAAGGAAAAUCCACAACCCCAGAACAAUGACUUGUGCCAUGAUGAUCGGGUGGUCCCAAACAAUGACCUUGAUGAUAUUGUGAAUUUACCAAUUAGACCUGAUUCAUUGAUGGAUAGAUGUGGAGGCAUCGGUGGGCCACUCUUUGAUGACAUGUCAACGACUGGGAUUAUGCCUUGUGGAGCUGAUGUGGGUGGUGACAGUUGCAUGGGGAUAGAAGUGGCAUUAGACGUGGGGUAUAACAGUCUCAUGCAAUGCGAGAAUGGGAAGAGGGAGAUGGAUUUGGUAGAGAUGAUUUCUCAGACCAAUAACAAAAUCAAGAUGAGAGAGAGCUGA